AUGUCGACGUACACCAACCAGUCCCAUUCCCCAAACCCGAGGAACCUAAAGCACCAAAGUAUCACUCAGUCCAGCAAGUACUCGCGAUUUAUACCAUUUCCACUACCAAGGUUACUACCCACACCCAAGGCUAUCCGCGAACUACCCCCUACAGCCUAUGCCUUACUUCCCAACCCUUGGAUGUUCACAAGCUCACCCCCAGCAAUUCAAUCUCAAUCUUCAAUCCAAGAGAGACGCACAGAGUUUGAGGAAGGUCUGAAACGCUUACGCAAAGAGUUAAUGCCAACAGCCCUUUGA